AUGGCCGCAUUGAUUAAAGCUAUUAAUGCGAAGAUUCGUAGCAAUCCUGCGGAAGAGAGGGGAGAGAGGGAGGGAGGGAGGGAUAGAAGGGGCCAGAGGUUGUUGGAUGUGUGGGGGGUGGGUGGAGACUGGGAGGUUUGUGUUGGAUUGGAUUGGAUUGGAUUGGAUUGGGGAGAUUUCUGGGGACCAGUCUCCAACUUCGGUAUACCCAUUGCAGCCGUAAUGGACACCCAGAAGAGUCCUGACUUAAUAUCCGGAAAGAUGACUGCAGCCCUCUGCGUAUACUCCGCUACCUUUAUGCGCUACUCUCUUGCCGUCACUCCGCUCAAUCCCCUCCUCUUCCUGUGUCAUUUCGUAAAUGAAGGCGCGCAACUCACGCAGGGUUAUAGAUGGAUGCAAUAUCAUCAGUGGGGAGGUAAGGAGGCGGAGACCAAACAGAAGAUUGGAACGGGUGUUGAGGGUGUGAAGGAGAGUGUUGUGGAGGCGGUUCAAAAGGUUGAGAAGGCUGUGGGGAAAUAG